UGUGGCUUCUGUAGGUGGGAAGCCCGUCUCACAGGAGGUGCUCUGGAAAAGCAGAGAUCAAACUUGCAUAGAAAGGAGAGGAAGGGGUUUCCUUUCGGCCGGAACCACCAUCUUCCAGUAAUUCGCCAAAAUGACGAACACAAAGGGAAAGAGGAGAGGCACCCGAUAUAUGUUCUCUAGGCCUUUUAGAAAACAUGGAGAUGUUCCUUUGGCCACAUAUAUGCGAAUCUAUAAGAAAGGUGAUAUUGUAGACAUCAAGGGAAUGGGUACUGUUCAAAAAGGAAUGCGCCACAAGUGUUACCAUGGCAAAACUGGAAGAGUCUACAAUGUUACCCAGCAUGCUGUUGGCAUUGUUGUAAACAAACAAGUUAAGGGCAAGAUUCUUGCCAAGAGAAUUAAUGUGCGUAUUGAGCACAUAAAGCACUCUAAGAGCCAAGAUAGCUCCCUGGAAUGCGUGAAGGAAAAUGAUCAGAAAAAGAAAGAAGCCAAAGAGAAAGGUACCUGGGUUCAACUAAAGCGCCAGCCUGCUCCACCCAGGGAAGCACACUUUGUGAGAACCAGCGGGAAGGCGCCUGAGCUGCUGGAACCUAUUCCCUAUGAAUUCAUGGCAUAGUAGGUGUUAAAAAAA